AUGGCGCAGUCCUCCCCCAUCCCGACACCCAAUGUCUUCAAGCCCCCCGUGCCCCCUUCGCCUACCCUCCAGACUAGUCAUCCCUCUCUCUUCUACCCGCGGAAGGAAUUCAUUCGCGAUCAGCGCAUCGUAUCGUCUUUCUCUCUCCUCACCCUCGCGGGCUCUGGUUUCGUCAGGCUCUACAGCUUUCCUCACAGCGUCAUAAAUGCCCUCCGACGCUUCUUCGAGCUGCAGAAGAUCAUCAUGGCCUGCCGAGAGAACGAAACGACCCACUUCUUCGAGUUCGCGCUCGACCACAAGCCAUGGGCGAAUCUCAAGAACAUCGUAUCCGAGAAGCUCGUCGUAGGUAUAUUCUCCAUCAUACUCCAGUACGGGUACUCUCUGCUGUCGACCAUCGAAUACGGCCGGGAGCACGACGACCGCGUCGCUAUCGCGUUCUCAAGACCUACCACCGCGCCGGCAUCGUCAGCUAUUCCCAUCAUGCCUAGCAACUCCACAAGUACCUUACCUCACACUGGGCCAAUGAUGUUUGCCAUCUCUUUCCCCACCCCGCGUGUUCUGCGCGUCAUUGAUCCGCCCCUUCCCCUGACGCCUGCUAUCCUUCAAGCCGUCCGGAAUGCAUGGCCACGAGGCAUUGCGGACGAGAAGAAAUUCGGUGACUCAUACGAGUUCAAACUGAAGGGAUAUAAAUGGUUCCAGGAGAACACAUUUGCUAUUGACUCCCUGCAACAAAUUCUGUCGCUGCUCAGCGCUCUCGACCGCCAUUCCUUCACCUUGCUUACGUCUCUGACUAUCGGGAGCCGUGCCCGUACGAAGGAUUUUUGGAUAUUCACUGGUCCUCCGGGAGAACAUGGCUCACCUGAAUCUCCUCCCGCGAGCCCUACAGGGUCGAGCAUGGACUUGAAGCAGAAUGGCUUCGCGCAUCAUGACCGAUCGCUUUCUGGGAGUGCUCGCCCUGCGUCGGACGCGCCGAGUAGCCAAGCUCGUUCAAGCUCCCCUUUCGCGUCGUCCCCCCUCAAACAGGUGACGCUGAGUGCAGGCACGAAGCUGAAGAAGCCGUUCCCGAAAGCGGAGCUGCCUCAUGCCUUCAAGUCUGACGCGUCUCUGAACGAGUCUAUCAAACUCCCUAGCGAUGUCGGGAGCGUCGAUAUGACCGGGGUGGGGACGGUCCACCGCAGAGCGGCCAGCCAGCCGCAUACCCCCGACGUCUUCUAUACCACUGGUCCACAAGGCGACGCCCGACAACAGGAAUUCAACCCGUGGAAUCGCACUUCGAAUCCCGCAACCCCCAUAGCUGCUCUCUAUGCCAGCAAUCCCAUGGGCCGUCAGCACUCCCGACACCAGUCUCUUGACGAUCCGUUUCUGCGGGGGGCGCUAGGCGACUCUCCAUACGACAUUGCACGACCUCGAACUGGAUCCCUCGGCUCACAGGCACCAACGCCGAUGGCAUCCCCUCCCCCAGCAGUGAGGGCGCGUCGGAUAUCCUCACCGCUGGCAUCUACCGCUUUCGAUGGCCUCCAACCCCUGCCAACGCCUACUAUGACGCCCUUCCAAGAUCCUUUCCGCGUUGACAACGGCCAGCGGGGAAGUCAGGGCAGCGUGCGGGUUGAGCGGGGCAACCUCUCCGACAUGCCACGCAUACCCACUCCGCCCCUACUCGGCGCGGGCGCGUUCCGCGACUCUGCUUUCUCCUCGAGCACGGGCUGGCGUACCACAGAUGUCCCAAUCACCUGGACAGGCAAGGACCCGGAGCCCGGGGACGAGAAGCGACGAACGGGCAUGUCGGGCGUGCUCGACGCCGAUCUCGCGCAGCCUAGCUCGUCGCCUCCGCGUGUUCUACACGGCCCGCGCGAGCGCAGACAGAGCGGCGGACCGCGCGGCGAGCUAUCCGCCUCGCGUCCUCCGUCACUUUCGCCACCCCCCAUUGCCGCCGCCGCCCCCACCACGACGCAUGAACCUCAGGAACCGCGUCUCGAAAGGCUCUCCUCCAGCCCGGCGCUUCCUGGCGCCUGGGCGCCUACUCCACAAGAGGAGAAGAGGCAGGAUGACGUAGUGCCUGCUGGGACUCUUAGUGCUCCGGGGCUCGCAGCGACUGCCACCAACGCUACCACCAUGACCUCCACCAUGCUUCCCCCUACUAUCAAAGAACAGCCCAGCCAGGAAGGAGACGACCCGACCGUCGUUGCGCGUGAGCGCAAGGGCGAAGUAAAGGCUCACUCUCCGGAGCAGCACAGAGCAGAGGGCGAGGGCGCGCGCAAGAGCGAGGCGGCGUGGAUUGGGAACACGAACGACAGGACACCGCCGAACGGCACGAUGCCCAAGGGGUUCAUGCAGGCGGCGUACUCUCACCCAAGACUCCCGCCAACGGCGGCGGCAAACGGGAACGCGCCGACAGCGACGGGCAAGCCGCGCUCAUCGUCGAUCUCCGAGGGCUGGGUGCUCGUGAACAUCGACGGCCGCGCGAAGAGCGGCGGGUCCAGGAGCCCAGGACAAGGUGGCCCACCGCGCCCGACGAUCCACACGCGGAGCAGCAGCGACUCGCGCGUCCCGACGCCCGCACACCCCCUCGCGCACUCGACAGCGGGCGCGGGCAAGUCGACGAUGUCACCUGCCGCGAAGGCGAUCGUGAUGGUCGACGCGCUUGGGGUGAAGGAGGCCGAGCGCGAGAAGGCGGCGCAGGGGUCGCGGUUCAAGAAACUCUUGGGACGAGGGAGGGAUAAGUCAGGCAGCCCGACGCCUGAGCGGACGCCCCCGCCGGGCAACCCGCAACAGAAGGGGAGCGGUUCGCCGCCGGCGAAGUCGAGGUCCCCGGCCCAGCAGCCCAAUGGCACCACACCACAGCCAAUCGCUACCGCUGCGAGGGUGGGGCGGUGAUGCAGAUGACGCUCCUACCGC